UGUUGUCGUGAAAGUAGACGUGGAUAAUUUUGGUUUCUUGAAGAGUUGGCCUCUUUUCUGCGCCUGUAGUUAAGUGUAUUAGACACACAGGGUACCAAGAAUCAAUCUACUGAAGCAGUGCAGCUGUGGAUAUAAUUCUGGGCCCAAAAUCUCACCACAUCAUUAGAUGGCACCUUUCGGUACAUACCGGUGGACACAUUAGAAAGAUCGUCUGCUACUGAUAGUGAUUGGCUUUGAACGACGGCUGUUUGUCAUAGACUGGAAAUCAAGUGGUCCCAGCGUUUCAUUCUGCAUUUACCAUGUUUUUGUGAGCAUAUGAGCUGGGAGAUCAGUUCCAAACUUCCAGUCUAAAGUACCAUUUCAGGAGCAAAAGGGUGUAGCGCUGUUCGUCCGGCUUGGCGAUCUCGUGGAACUUCGGUGUCUGCAUUUGUCUCUGCAAUACACGCAAUGCAAACACUGAAUCGAAUAAUGUCUGCAUUCCAUAUUCAGCGUUACAAAUGCAUAGUUUUAGUUUUGUUAAUAAUGUUAACUUUUGCUCCGGUUGACUUUGUUUUGAGUAUUCAGCUGAAUAACCCAAGAGGUCCUCUGAAAGGGAAGUGUCCUGUGUGUAGGGACAUUGUGAGAGAUUUUCAUAAUGGUUUAAAGAAAACAGCAAAAUCCAAUUAUGGAGGCGGUAAUACGAAAUGGGAAGAAUCUAGAUUGGGUAGCUAUGCAUACAGUGAAGUGAGGUUAACAGAGAUUAUGGAAAGUUUGUGUUCAGGAACAGCUGCAGAGUGCCAUCAUCUUUUAGAGGAGCAUGAAGAGUUAGUUGAACAGUUCUGGUUCAAGGAAUAUGCAAAACAAAAAGAUACUGAUUUCUUUGAGUGGUUUUGUAUUGACAGAAUUAAAGUUUGUUGCCCAAACAACACUUUUGGGCCAAAUUGUAAACCUUGUGAAGGAGGAUUAAAACGACCUUGUAAAGACAAUGGUUUCUGUGAGGGAGAGGGAACUCGCGAAGGAACAGGGAAAUGUGUGUGCCACAGUGGAUACAAUGGAGACAGAUGUGAUGAAUGUAAAGAUGGGUAUUAUGAGGCCAGUAGUAAUGAUACCCAUACUGAUUGUCAGGACUGUGACAACUCAUGCAAAUACACCUGUCAGGAAGCAGGCCCUAAAGGCUGUGAUGAAUGUAAAGAGGGUUACAUGGACACAGAAGAAAAUGGUUGCGAGGAUAUAGAUGAAUGUACAAAUAAACCUGAACUUUGUGGGAAAAAUUUUUACUGUGAAAACACGCCUGGGUCAUUUUCUUGUAUAAAGUGUGAUAAUGAGUGCCUUGGUUGUACAGCUCAGGGAACUGACAAAUGUACAGAAUGUCGCUCUGGAUACCACCUAAUAGACGGCCAUUGUAAAGAUGUUGACGAGUGUUCACUUGCAGAGCCUGUAUGCACAAAAGACCAUGAAAAAUGUACAAACAGGGAAGGUGGCUACACCUGUAUCUGUGAUAUAGGGUACGAGAGGGAAGGAGAUGAGUGUAAAGUGAGACCAAAAGAAAGCGGCGAGGAGACAGAUGAUAACACAGAAGAGAGUUUAAAGCCAUCGACAGGCGAGAAGAAAGAAGAGUUAUGAUUAUGAGUGGAGUUAGUGUUGUUCACAUAUGACGGAGAAAUUAAGAAACUCAUAUUUAUGAUAAGCAUACACCGUAACAAGGCAUUUAAUACACAAAAAAUUUCUGACGGUCUGCAUCUAUUUAACCCUUGUUCUCUUUACAUACAGUCCAAUUGUGUAUAUCUUUACCAGUAUAUGUAUACAUUCAGGAAGAGUCACCUAUUUCUUCAUUCAGUAUUUUUAACAUUGACAUAGAUAGUAUACACAUAAACCCGUUUCUUCACCAUUCACGAAUAUCUAUUGGGCUUAUGCAAGGUUUAACUUGUGUUUAGGUCGCAUUUCGAAUAACCACAUUCCUUGUCCCACCUUGUAAAGUUAGACAACGACGUUGUUUACCGUCUUUUUUGUUCUUCCUGAUUUUUCUUUGAACUUAUAUGCACGAUCUCAAACAUCAAGUGGUGUGUAAAGACGUUCACAAAAUCUAUACACCACCCGGCACGUGUGUCUGUAAGAAACCUUUUUAUCCCAUCAAACCAGGGAUAUACUCAGCUGUGUGAUGGCUUGAGACGUUUAUAACUGCUGGUAAAUUAAUGCGCUCAAGAAGCCCAAUUAAUGCAGUUAACCAACAAAAUUUAAUAACAGGAUAUUGUUAUAUUAUAUACAUGUGCCUGUGUUCUCUUAUACUGAAGCUUAUUUUGAUUUGAUUUUGAAUUUGACAUCAAUGUAAAAGAUGAGAAAAUAGUACUGUCGUGAAUGUUUGUAUUAAUCCAUUAGACCAGCAGGCUUGUCUAACAGGAUCAAUACGUGUCAUUGUGGUUACUGGUGUACUUUAAACAGUGGUGUAUCUUAUGGUAAGCCUAUAUGACUUCUAUGGGUGUAAAAGUGGGAUAAAUGAUAGAAAAAAAAUGAUGAGCUAAAAUGAUAGAAUAAAAAACAAAUGAUGUGGAGAAAUGACUAUAGCACACCAUUAUAAAUGGUGUGCACAGUGUAGCCCUACAAGAUACCGUUUGAGGGAACGAAGUUUUAUAUAAGCUGCACAGAAUGACAAAAGACCCAGGUUGCACCCGCAGAAUUAUAUAUAUUCAUGAUUUGUUGAUAUAUAUAAACAUUUAAUUAUUCGUAUCACUGCAUCAUUCACAUUCGGAAAAGUUGGCUUUACCAUAAAUUGAUUAAUUUUCAAGUUCGCUUUUAAUAUGGAUCUUUCCGGUUGUAUUCCAAACGUGCCUGUUGCAUGUUUACGUGUGUAGACAUCAAAUACAUUGUCCAGGUAUUGAGAAUUAUUUUGAGAAUAUUUGUGUUAAUAUAUUGCAAAGGGUGCUAUACGAUUGUCUGUAUGAUUCAUAUGCUCAAGCUGUGAAAAUCGUAUGCUCUAAUUACCAAUUAAACUGGUCGUUAAAAGUUUUCAUGUAUGAUUCUUUUGUUCCGCAGUUGUUAUAAACUACAUAAAUCUUAUUUAAUGCAGUUUAAAUAUUGUUCCGUGUAUAUGCACACAGUCUUUUCCCCAUUCAUUAUAAAAAAAAUAUUCUAAGCGCAGUUCUCUGAAUUUCAAUCACAGUAUCAUUACAGGCUCUUCUCGGUUAUGUGUUGUUUUAGCCUUGUCACGAAAUUUCCAGUUAUGAAAGCCUGGACGUGAAAUAGUCUUCGUGAUCUAAAUAUCUGUGGGAUGUCGGCUGAUUCCCAGGUUAUGCGGUAACACAUCAAAACAGGUACGCAAAGCAGAACAGGGAAAGGCUCCUUGUGACGUCUUCGAUGUGAGGUUCAAUCACAUAUAUACCCAAUCCUUUACGCACCUGGAUGGGCCUUGUGAUACAUAUUCCGUCAUGCUUAUAACUCGCAACUGCCAGGUUACUGCCAAUAUAGAGGUUGUUACGAGCACGUAACGCUAGUACUUCGGAAAGCUUCAUGCAACAAUGACAAAAUACGCAGGCACGACAGCAGU